GCCAGAGCCACAGCCUCCACCUCCUGGGCUCCGCGGCCUCCUCCCGGGACUCUUUGUCCGGCCUUUUUUCUGGGGCUUCCGCCUCUUCUCCUUUGAAAUGCUAAUUGCAAGCCACUGGAGAAUUAGGAAAGGAAAGGAAAGGAAAGGAAAGGAAAGGUGUUUGGCAGCCUUUAAAGGAGCCUGAAUAAGCCGGAGGGGCUCGGAGGGGGGUAGAGGAGUCACUUCCGGGAGAGGACAUCUCCGCGGUAGAGAUCGGCCUCUUCUCGCUCCCCCGAGGACCCGGCAGAACUAGUCUCUAGAGGAGAGCUACAGACCUCUUAGGCGCUGGCCUCAUCCGCGCCUGCUGCCUGGGCUUUUUCUGGAGUCCCUGCCUUUGCUGAGCCUCAUCUCGGUCUUCAUGAGCUGUCCCAGCUGUCUGGCCCUCACCACACUCCCUGGGUCCCUGGCAUCCCUCCUCCCUUCUCUCAGGCCUGUCCGCUCAGGGCGGAGGCACUGAGCCCUCCGAUCCCGCAGGGGGCGCUCUUCGCUCUCGCACACAAAUAGGCGCUGGCUGGGCAGGUCGGUCUCGAUGGCUCCGGAAGCCGCAGCGUAGUGGGAGUGCACGCAGGAGGCUCGCCAGUCGCGAAGCACGGACCCGCCGCAGACCUCCCGAGAACCCAGGGCCGCCGCUCUCGCCGCCAUGGGCGCCGAGCACCAAGCCCGUGCUUGCUUGGCCAGCUGCGGCCCCAACACACCACCGAUCCUACUUGAGCUGUUACGCAUGCUCCAAGGAUUCGCCGGAGCCUCGGGCCGGCGGUGCCAGGAGCAGAGCCUGGCAGAGGUUGGGAGUCUCCUGCCCGCUCUGAGCGAGGCCUGGGACGAGCUGGGUGUCCCCGAGGUCCAGUCCUUCCUGCGGUGCCUCCUGGCCUGUCAGCUGGAGGCCAUGGGCAGCCUGGGGGCCUUCCGCAAGCUGGAGAAGAUCUUGGACACGCUGACCGCGGGGAGAGAGACCAUGGCGUGUGAGGAAGUGGCCCGGCUCCUGGGCAACCUGACCCAGGAGCGGCAGGCGCUGGCCCUCGGAGAGCUCCGCACAGUGUGUCUGUUCCUGGAGGAGAGCAGCCUGGCCAGAGAACACUGGAGACGCUCCCUGGACACCCUGCUGGACUGCGCCGCCUCCACACUGGCCUCCGUGCUAGAGGAGCCCGCCGCGGGGCCGGCCGAGCAGGCCUACCUGGCAGUGAAGCUGGCCCUGCAGCUUUUCCAGAUCAUGGCGGAGGAAGUGGGGAUCUUGGUCUGGAACCCGGCGGAGGACGUGGAGUCCCUGGCGAGCAUCCUUCAGUCCCUGGUGCAAGUGAUCAUGGGAGAGGUGGCCCACAAGGAUGCCCGCCUUCUGGCUGGCACCGCGCUGGGCAUGCUGGUGAACACUGCCCCCACCCCAGAGGUCGGGGCCCGGGCCCUGUUUGAGCUGCUCGACAUGCUCUACCCGGAUGGCGGGGAGGAGACGCUUGGGUGGCUCCAGGUGACGCUGCCCCCCAUGAACCCCGACGGGCUGGAGGACCUGGUGCUGAGCAGAGGCCUUCUGACGGCCUGCAGGAGGGACAUCUUGACCUUCAAGGCUCCCGGUUGGAUGGCCUGCCCGCUGCUCAGUAACCUGAUGCCCUGCAUCGACUCGGACUGGAACGGGAAGAACGUGGACCAUCGUGCCUUCCUCCUCCAGGUGUUCUCCCUGUGGCUGCAGCGGGUACAAGAAAGUGCCCCGAGCAUCUGGAUCGGCCGACUGCUGAGCAGCGAUUCCCUGAGGAUCCAGAUGCUGACUUACUUCAUCUGGAGCAACACAGAGAGCCCGCUGGAAGGCCUGUCUGAGGCCACCCUGCGCUGCUUCAGCCUCUUCCUGGUGCUUUAUCGGGAAGAAUGUGAAUUCCUUGGGGAUACGGAGCGGCCCCUCUAUGAUGAGUUCCUAGAGAAGAUCAAGGCUUUGCCCUGGUCGACUAAGGCCCGUUACCCAGCCCUUUGUGCUCUGCUCCCCUUCCUUGGCUCUGACAAGGUCUUGGACAUGCUCCCGGAGCUCCCACAGCACCUGUUGCUCUGCCUGUCCACCAACCCCCUGAGCCCCCCAGCGGCGGACACCUACCGCUCCUUCCUCCAGGCCCAGCGGUGGGAGUGGGCCAUGGUGGAGGCAGUAGGCAGCGAGCAGGUCCUGGCCAAGCGGUGGGCCCGGCACUGGCUGCCAGCCUUGGCUGAGGCCCUCCAGUCUGCGGUGCCCAGCCUGCAGGGUCGGGCGGCCAGCUCCCUGCUCCCUCACACCCUGCAGCUCUUCCCAGCCUCGGCAAGGCUGCUGGAGGAGGCCUUCUCGGGCUCGGGGCUGGGCUGCCUACGGGGGUGGGCGUCCCUGCAGAGGACGCGGAAGGAGCUGGGCCAGGGCCCCACGGCCAUGGCCCAGAGCCCAGACCGCCUGGCCGUGUGCCUGGCCUGUGGGGAUGAGGCUGUGCGCCUGAUGGCGGCCAGCCUCUUGUGUGGGGGGCCUGGCUCUGCCCAGGCCCCCGGCCCGAAGGAGCUGGCCCUCUUCCAGGACUUCCUAUGGCUGAACCUCAGCCAUUCCUCAGCUUCCUUCCGGCAGCUGCUGCAGGCCACCGUGAGCAGGCUCCUGGGCCGACUUCGGGACAGCGCCCUGGCCGCGCUUCGCAGCCAAGGGGCGUCCGGAUCGGGCCCAACCCCGGAGCCUGUCCUGCUCGCCGGAGACUUUGUGGAGUGGCUUCUCCAGCUCAGCGUCUCCCAGCUGAGCCCAGCCUCCAGCUUCCAGCGCCGAAGGACUGCCCUGCUCUUGCUCACAGCCCUGCUGUCGACGUGCACCGACAGCUGGAGGCCGGAGAAGAAGAAGGGCCAGCCUCCCCCCAACAUGGCGGCCUUGCUGAGCUGGGCCAGGCAGAGUGGCCGCUGGGACUUCACCUCAAGGGCCACCUUACUAGCUUUGCUUAGUUGCCUUCAGGACAGCACAAGUGAGAUCCGGGAGCCGGCUGCCAACCUUCUACACCUCUACUUCCCUGCUCCUCUGCCCUCAACCCUAGCUGAAGCCCUGCUAGAGCGGGCAUGCCAGGCCCUGAGCAGCUCCCGUGGGCAGGAGGUGGAAGCUGGGGCUCUCAUGAUGCAGACCUUGCUGCAGAAAGUGGACAGUGACACCCUCCAGAAGAUUGUCCCUGGGCCUGAGGAGGAGGGCCCAGCCCCCAGCUGCCCCAGCCUCAUUGUCGUCUCCUACCUCCUCCGUUUGCUUCAAGAGCGUCACACUGCGGCCCAGCAAGACCUACUGCAGGCUGCCUGUGCCCAGCCACUCCAUGGACCCCUGUGCGCCCUGCGCCGAUGCCUCCUGGAGGCCCCCCGCACCGGCCUGUCCAUGCAGCAGAGCGAGAGCCAGGAGUCCUGGCAGGAGCUGCUCCUGAGCACCGUGACGACGCUGGCCAAGGUGGCCUCCUUCCUCCUGGCUGUCCUGCAGGGCUCCGGAGAAGACCCGCAGCCAGCUGCUGCGCCCUCCCUGGCCGACAUGGGGGCGGCCAUCAACGCGGCGGUGUGGCAGGGCCGAGCCGGGGACUUUGGGGCCGAGGAGGAGGAGGGAGAGCCCCCGCUGCUGCUGUCCGAGGAGCAGGGCCGCAUUCUGACCUGUUGCUGGAUCUCUGCGAAGGAGAUCGGCCUGCUCCUGGGAGGCCUGGCGGAGAAGGUCCUGCUGCUGGCCCCGCCGCCGCCUGGCUCCGAGUCGCCGCUCCUGCCCCCGGAGGGCCUGCGCACCAUCGUGGCCACCCUGCAGGGGCUGCUGCUCAGGUGCCGCCAUUGGGGCGCUCUGGAGGGCUGCGCCUCCGGCCUCACCACGCUCUGCAGGACGUUGCUGAGCCAGCCCGAGCCGGGGCUGCAGGAGCUGCCCCAGAAGCUGCUCGCACAGGGCCUGGAGUUGCUGAGGGGACCCCGGAACAGCUCCGUGACCCGCCGGGCGGCAGGCUUCCCCCUCUUCCUCCAGAGCAUCGUGGCAGGAGAGACACCCGCUAGCGCCCGACCCCUGCUGGCCUGCUGUGUGGAGACGCUGCUCGAGCUGGCCAGGAGGCCCCUGCCUCACGCCUGGGACCAGACGCUGGACCUGCCCCAGGUCUCGGCUCUGCACGUGCUCCAGGCCCUGGUCCGGGGCGCCGGCCUGGGGGCCCCCAUGCUCAGGUGGGUCGGCCCCCUCCUCGAGAUGUGUCUGGGGGCGCUGAGCUCCCCGUGCUGGGCCAUGAGGAACGCCGGCACCCAGCUCUUCGGCGCCCUCCUGGGCCGGCUGCUGGGUCAGAGCCUGAGCCGGGGCGACGGCGGCUCCCAUAAAGGCCUGAGCCCCGAGGCUUUCUUCACCCUGUACCCGGAGCUGGAGGACGUCCUCCUGUCCCCGCUGCUCUCUUCCUUGCGGUCCAUAGCGGACAGCCGCCUCCGCCCUGCCCUCCACGCUGUCCUCACCCUCCUGGCCAGACUCCAGCCUGGCACCGAGCAUCUGAUCAGCUCUGCAGUGCGGUUCCGGGAGCUGCUGCUCUACCUGUCGGCGAGCCCCGUCUACGCCACGCGGGCCAUGGCCGCCCGGGCCCUGGUGCCCUUCGUGUCCCUCGGGGGGCCCAAGUGGGUCCUGCCGCGGCUGCUGGGGGACGUAGCGAGGCCCGGCCCCCACAACGUGCUUCACGGGCGGCUGCUGCAGGCUCACGCCCUCCUGGCCCAGGACGGCGCCAGCCACUCCUCCCAGGACUUGCAGGCUGCUGUGUCUCAGGCAGAGGAUGGGUUCUGGCUGCUCACCCCUGCCCAGCGCUGCCCACUGAUCCGCGCGGCCUAUUUGCGGCUUCUCUCCCUGCUGGCCGGCAGCUGCAGCAAGAACUUCCUGAAGAAGGUCGAGGCCGCCGUGGCCUGGGAGCUGGGCCAUGCCGGGCCGGAGGCUCAGGUGGGCUCCAGCGUGCUGCGGCAGGAGUGCGCCAGGUUCCUCUGCGGGGAGGCCAGGAGGCUGGCCGAUUCCACCCGGGCCUGGGCCCUGGGCUCCCUGCUGCGAGGGCCGGACCCCGAGGUGCGCCAGGCCGUCCUGGCCUGGGUGCUGGAAGAGGGCAGCCGCUGCAAGCCUGUGGCCAGCGUUCUUCGGGCCCUGCUGCUGGAGACCCUGUGGCCCGUGCUGCAGGAGGGGGGCAGCCCGGAAGGGCUGAAGCUGCACCUGGAGGCCUUGGUGCACCUGCACGAGGACCCCACGGCCCACAAUGACCCGCUCCUGCCGGUGCCACCCCCAGCCUGCUUCGAUGAACUGCUCUCGCUGGUGGAGAUGGAAGGCACCAGCCCGACCCUCCUGAGCAGGGCGCUGCCUGCCCUCAGCUUGCUCCUGACCCUGGGGCCUGAGGACUUUUCUGGCCUGGGCCCCUGGAGCCUGGUUCUCGAACGCUGGAGUGAGCCCCGUACCAAUGAGGAGCUGAGACUGGCAGCAGCGCAAUCCCUCCGCCUGGCUGGGGUCCAUGUGGUGAUUGGAGCCUGGGCAGACCCUGAGCCUGCUAUGGCAGCCCUGGCUCUCCGGCUUUUGAAUGCUGGCAUUUUCCUGCUGCAAGAUGAGGACAAGGCAGUGAGGCUGGAAGCAUCCAUGUUUGCCAGUCUGCUGGCCCAACAGAUAGGGUCCCAGCCCUGGGAGGCUGGCAUGACACUGCAAGCCAAUCAGGGCCUGCUCCUGUUGCUCCGGGUCAUUGGAACACACUUUGGAGACUGCGAGGACGCCUGGCCACUUUUGUUGCGCCAUCUCCCCCAGUGUGAUCUGGAGGGCCUCCUGGAGGAGAUCAGCACUAGUCGGACCUCCAGCCUCUACGAAGAGGAUGGAGACAACUUCUUUGCCGAGCCAGCUGUGUUUGCCCAGCAGCUGCUUCCCUUCAUGCUCCAAAUGCUGGACAGGGCUGAGGACACAGCGCCCCUCAGGGCCAAGGCCCAGCAGUGGGCGGUAGCUCGAGCCCCUGAAAUCCUUCAGAGCCUCUGUCGCUGCUCCCUCUGGUGGAGUCAAGACGGUGCUGACGCUCUGUUCCUGAAGGCCCUGGGCUGCCCCAAGGUGCACACGGCCCUCGCCGUGCUGCUGGUGGAGGCCGAGCUCUUGGCCCGGGUGCUCGAGAGCCUGCCGGGCAGCGAGGAGGAGGAGGCGGCGGCGCCCGAGGCCAGCUGCUCUGCCGAGGAGCUCAAGGAGGCCUGGGAGAAGGCUCGGGCUGUGCUCACUGGGCACGGCAUGGCUCCCCGGCUGGAGGACGGCAGGAGGCCAGGGCCGGACGAAGGGCUCUGCGCUCUCCUCACUGCCUCCGGUGGUCCCGAAAGGGCGGAGGGGCCAGCGUGCGACCAGUAGCUUCUGUGCAGGACUUCGGUGGCCCGAGGGGGCCUGAGGGGGUCCUGGCUCCGGGCCCCUCUCCUCCGUUCGGGGGAACUCCCCCUGCUCUGACGGACAUCUCCCCCCACAGCCACCCACGACCCACUCAGACCAGGCCUUGGCGAGCCCCAGAGGGCCCUGGGCUCCCCAUGAGCACUGGAGGGGACCUCCGAAACUGACCAGUCCAAUCCCCUCAUUUUACAGAAGAGAGAACUGAGAGGGAGGGAGGGAGGGG